GCACCACAGCCUCCGAGCUGUUGGACCACCUGAGGGACGAAUUUGAUGUCCCACUGCAUCCGCACUUUGUGCUGCGGAUUCUGGACUUGUCUAUUGAUCUCUACCAGAAGCGCAACGAAAUGCAUGGUCCGGUCAUGAAGCUCCAGGUGCCCGGUGUUUGCGUGGACGCAGGAGCAGUGCAGGUAAAUGUGGCCGAAACUGGCCGAGCUGGGCCAUCCAGGAUUGUUGUGCUGGGUGACACCCACGGGCAACUGGCAGAUGUACUUUGGGCAGUUUCCGAGCUUGGACUUCCGACCGAGAAGAAUGUGUACGUGGUCAAUGGUGAUAUUGCAGAUCGCUGCGACUGGUCAACGGAGAUCUUCAUACUGUUCCUCACGAUCAUGCUGCAGUAUCCCAAUGAUCCUGUCGUUGUCAUCAAUCGUGGCAACCACGAGUGUAUGACCAUCAACGCCUCACGGUGCGGGGGGUUUCAGUACGAGCUGCUUGAAAAGUACGGUGCCUCUUGGGGGCCCUAUCUGCAUGCAUUGUUCGGUCGCCUCUUCUGCGUCCUGCCUGUUGCAACCCUGAUCAACGACGUGGUUCUGGUCAUCCACGGCGGAAUCGGUCGAGAUCCCGAGAAUCAGCUGAACCAUUUGCGGAACCUGGAUCCAGAACUGCGGGAGGCUUCUAUCAACCCAUGGGGCCUGGAGGGUGAUGCAGGCAUGGAUGCGCUGGUGGAUGCCUUGUGGUCCGAUCCCAGCGACGUGCCCGGGAGCCGUGCGAACGCACGCGGAACUGGACACAUCUGGGGUCCGGACUACACCAAGAGAUUCUGCCAAAGCAACGAUUUGAAGCUGGUGAUCCGUUCCCACCAAGUUCCCUUGGACCAGAGCGGCGUGUGCGUGCACAAAGCGCACAAGGAGCAGCUCAUCACGGUCUUUAGUGCCUCCAACUACAGGGGCCGACAGAACCGGGCUGGCGGAGUGAUCCUGCAGCCGGGGGCAAGCCCAGGCUCACUGGAAGCCUUGUGCCACGACCUGGGUCGGUGCCCUUCUUGGCGGGUGCUUUCGAAAUCUGCCAACCUGAGGCCGCGCGCCAAGCUCGGAGACACCGUUGAUGACGAGCUCGUGGCAGAGCUGAUGCAGCAUUCGAUGGGUUUGCUGGCAGAAUGGCGUGUUCCGCUGUGGGAAGCUUGUACGCGCGAAGAUCCACAGCUGAAGGGAGUGAUAACUUUGUCCUCCUGGCGCCGAAUUUGCAGAAGCACGACCAGCAUCUACAUCGACUGGAUCUUAGUGGCCCGCCUUGUGGGUGGUGCGAGUCAAAAUCAUCUGCGGUACAUGGACACGCUCAAUCGGUUUGGCUUCGAGAUCGCCUCGCAGGUCGUUGAGAGCCGGUUGGCCGGUUCCGUGUUGGCUUCCAUCUACCUGACCAUGAUGCGGGCAGACGAAUCCUUACAUCAUCUCAUGGGCAACCUGUGCCAGGCGGGUCAGCGAGCGGCGCCGGCGCGACAGCUCUUGGAGGGUCUCUGUGAGAUUCUGCAUCGAAAUGCUGUGACUGGACCUGAGACGGCUGCAGUGCUGCGCAGCAUGGAAGCGCACAUUGGCAGUCGGCGGACGUCCACUUCAAUCGACGUUGCCGACUUUCUGUCUGCCUGGCGAUGCGCAGCAGGUGUCUCGGCGGAGCUGACCCCCGAGCAGUCGGAGCUUUCUGCAAAGAUCUCGCGUCUCUUGGGCUCAGACCGACGGACGCGCAAGAGGAUCAGCAGCCUGGCGCCUGCUUCUUCCACCACGCUGAUGGACUUUUUCACUUUGGCAGAUGCUGACCGUGACGGGUACAUGUCCAUUGAUGAGGGCUUCGAAGCUCUAGCCAAUCACAUGCAGCAGACGACGGGGCGAAAGGUGAAUGACAAGGAAGCCGAAGAACUACGAAAGGUGUUGCAGGUGGCUGACACGACUGGAUCAGGCAAGCUGAACUACUUGGAGUUCUUGCUCCUCUUUGAUCGGCAGUCGCCACGCUCUCUUACACACCAAGCCCUUCUCGAUCUUCUGUGUUUUCAGGUGUGGGCUCAUCGCAGCGCCUUGUCGGGGCUCUUUCGGUACAUAGGCCGCAAUGGCCUCAUUUCGAGGGAUCAGGUGAAAUGGAGCCUGGAGGCGCUGAACUCUUCAAUCCACGGGGAGCUCUUGCAGGCCAACAUCGAGCAAAUAGUGAAAGCAGUCAAGUUCAAAGAUGACUUGGUUGCUGCGGAGGAACUUCUCAGUGCUUUUCACUUGGUAGAUCUAUUGGGUCCUGCCUGA